UGAUGGCAAUAAAGCGCCCAGCGGACCGUUUUUUCCCCCAGACGAUCUUUUGGGUUCAUUGCUAGAAUAGAGAUGACCGCCAAGGGGUAGACGAACAGAGUUUUACCUGACUGAUUUUCACCUUUUUCACACUUAGGAGACUUCCGCAACAACAUCUUAAGGUUUUAAACAGCUGAGGCGUCAUAUUCUUCUAUUGUCUACAGGGCCUUGGGCCUCUCUGGUCUAAAAGAAAUGGUACUUAUUCUGGGCAGAAGACUAAACCGGGAGGACUCUGGAGUCCGUGAGUCUCCAGCAGUCAAGCGAAAGGUCCUGGAGAUGGACAGCAAACCCGUCAGUAACCAUGAUGUGUUUGAUUUCUCCUCCGGCCCGUGCCACUCAGACAGUAUCCUGCAGAUGUUCAACGAGUUUCGUGAUGGCCGUCUGUUCACAGAUGUAGUGAUCAGUGUGGAGGGUCGUGAGUUUCCAUGUCACCGUGCCGUGUUAUCCGCAUGCAGCAGCUACUUCCGUGCAAUGUUCUGCAAUGACCACCGUGAGAGCCGUGAGAUGUUGGUGGAGAUCAAUGGCAUCCGUGCUGAAGCCAUGGACACCUUCCUGCAGUACGUCUACACUGGUCGUGCCCGCAUCACGACAGAUAAUGUGCAGUUUCUUUUUGAGACCUCCAGCCUCUUCCAGAUUAGCACUUUGAGAGAUGCCUGUGCCAAAUUCUUGGAAGACCAGCUUGACCCUUGCAACUGCCUGGGCAUCCAGCGUUUCGCUGACGCUCACUCUCUCAAGCAACUGGCCAGCCGUUGCCGAUCUUAUGCCCUGCAGAGCUUUGCUGAUGUGGCCCAGCAUGAAGAGUUCUUGGACUUGCGCAAGGAGGAACUGGAGGAGUACAUCGCCAGUGACGAGAUGGUCAUUGGAAAAGAGGAGACCGUGUUUGAGGCAGUGAUGCGCUGGGUGUACUUUGAUGUGGACCAUCGCAGAAUCAUGCUCAGAGACCUUCUCAAUCAUGUCCGCCUGCCCCUGCUGCAUCCAAAUUAUUUUGUGCAGACGGUAGAAGGUGACCAGCUGAUCCAAAACGCACCAGAGUGCUAUCAGCUUCUUCACGAAGCCAGACGCUAUCAUGUGUUGGGCAAUGAAAUGAUGUCACCUCGAACCCGUCCACGCAGGUCUACUGGAUUCUCUGAGGUCAUUGUGGUUGUCGGAGGAUGUGAGAGGAUGGGUGGUUUCAACCUGCCAUACACCGAAUGCUAUGAUCCUGUUACCGGUGAAUGGAAAUCCUUAGCCAAACUCCCAGAAUUCACCAAGUCAGAGUAUGCCGUGUGUGCCCUCAGAAAUGACAUUCUGGUCUCAGGGGGAAGAAUUAACAGCAGGGAUGUCUGGAUGUACAACUCCCAGCUCAACAUCUGGAUCAGAGUUGCGUCCUUGAACAAAGGCCGCUGGAGACACAAAAUGGCCGUCUUGUUGGGAAAAGUGUAUGCUGUCGGUGGAUACGAUGGCCAAUCCCGACUGAGCAGUGUGGAGUGCUAUGAUUCCUUUUCGAACCGUUGGACAGAAGUGGCACCCAUGAAGGAGGCCGUCAGCUCGCCAGCCGUGGCCAGCUGUGUCAACAAACUGUUUGUGAUUGGAGGAGGACCUGACGACAACACAUGCUCUGAUAAGGUUCAGUGCUAUGACCCCGAAUCUGACUCCUGGUUGUUAAGGGCCAACAUUCCCAUCGCAAAACGAUGCAUCACGGCUGUGUCUCUGAACAAUCUCAUCUAUGUUUCUGGAGGCCUAACCAAAUCCAUCUACUGCUACGACCCCAUUGAAGAUUACUGGAUGCACGUAGUUCAUACGUUCAGCAAACAGGAAAGUUGUGGUAUGUCGGUAUGCAACGGAAAGAUCUAUAUCCUGGGUGGACGUGGUGAAAACGGAGAGGCCUCAGACACCAUCCUGUGCUAUGAUCCAUCCACUGGCAUCAUCACGGGCGUAGCAGCGAUGCCCCGCCCCAUUUCUUACCACGGCUGCGUCACCAUCCACCGCUACAAUGAGAAGUUCUACCAUUCAUGACCUUCAAAAGCAUGUUCGCACAGGGACGUAGAUAAACUGAGCCUUGCUUUACAUGGUGUAGCAUUAUAAUGGGUAAGGUAGGUGAGUCCCAACCCUUAGUUCACAAGCUUUGAGACCAGUCGGUUAAACUGACAAUUACACAAUAACUCAUUUCAGUGUACAGUAUAAACAAAGGUAUCAAAUUCACAUCUUACGGUUUAACAGUCUACCACUAUGAUACUCCAGGAUAAACAGUCAUUUUGACGGCAACAUAAGCUAUGUUUCCAUCCACCUUUUUUUUGCACAUUUUGGAAUAUAACUUUUUUUUAUGGAAAAAUGUGAAUAAAUUACGAUGGAAACACAUUUAAAGACUAAAUCCCAGCAUGCGCAUCAAAAUGUAUGUGAUCUCUUUUUAACAGAUCAUGUGAUAACAAAUUAAUGUACCGCUUUAAUGGACAAACCAGCAGGCGGACAACAUUGUAAAACAUCUGAAAUGUUGUUUUGGUCAUUCUAAAAUCCCUUAGCCAAAGUCUGUCAUCAAAGUGGUUCAGAAUUAUUAUUAUUAUUACCUUUUAGAACUGCCAUUGCUCAGUUAACAGUGAUGAUCUUUAGAGCCAAUCACAGCAAUUUCUGUUGAGCAUGUGAACACAAUUCACAGUCAUACGUGUUUUAUGCUGCAUUCACACCAGAUGCGGCUGAAACGUCAAGCGCGAGUGAUUUACAUGUCAAGUCAAUACAAAGUCGCGAAUAGAGAUCCUGUGGCGCAUUUUGCACGAAUAAAGUGGCGCGAGUUGAGCGUUUUGCAUGUUUGACACGCUUAACACUCAUAUCGCUGAAAGCCUCCAUCAUACAGGUAUAGUUUAUGAACUCACAGAGCUGGGUGCACCUAUGGAAGGAUCUAGUGGACGCAGAUGUGGCGCCGAACAAAUCUACACUGUUUUUCAGCCUUCAUAAAGCACAGCUACUAUCUUGAUAAAAUCCAUGUUAGCCAUUUAGCAUUGAAGUUAGAGUCACCAGGCAGUGUCACCGGGUAGAGUCACCCUGCCCAUGACGAGAAUCUGCAUCUAUUUUAAAGUGAAUUUAAUGCACAAAUGAAGCGAGUAAACUUAAAAUGUUCACGCAUCUAUUUACGCACGGAUAUUGGUUUUAUCUGCGCGUUCCACAUCUGGUGUGAACACCGCAUAAGAACUCGCUCAUUGACACUCAAAAAGCAUGCGUUUUUUAAAAUUAAAAUUACAGUUCAUAUAUCUGAAAAUUGGGUUCUUGUCAAUUUAAAAAUUGUGUACAGAAGGCAUCAUCACUGCACUGUGAUUUCGAAUUGAACCAAAUCAAUGACAUGAUAAUCGUAACCAAAUCGAACUGAACCGUGAAUACCAGGACACAAAGGCUGCAUUUACACUACAUAGUUCAAGUGAACCAAUUCCAAAUUUUUUUUAAUUUUUUUUUUUCUCUUAUGUGGCACAGAUCGGACAAUAAUAUUGAUUCUGAUUUACUCAAAUCAGAUUCAGGCCUUGUUCAUAUGUGGAAAUUUAUCCAAUAUGAAUCAGAUCCGUGCCCGUGUGUCUGCAGUGUUAGCAGAUCAGAUUUUCACCUGUCAAUGUGAGUCACGCGUCAUUAAAAACCGUUGCGAGUCAGGGAAACAGGGAAACCACUGUAGCUUUAUUACUCUACACUCUCAGAAAUAAAGGUACGAGAGCCGUCUCUGGGGUGGUACCUUUUCAAAAAGUACACAUUUACAUCUAAAGGGUCCAUAUUAAUACCUCAAGGGUACAUAUUAGUACCUAAAAAGUACAAAAGUGUACCUCUUAACAUUUUUUAGGAACAAAUAUAUGCUUUUGGUGUACCAAUAUGGACCCAUUAAGUACAAAUGUCUAUCUUUUGAAAAGGUACCACCCCAGUGACUGCUUUUAUUUCUGAGAGUGUACUUAGUAAAUGACUUGCACCCGACAACAUAGGAUGCAAAGAAUCUGGAAUCAAUCUGCUGGUUAGUUCAGUUAUCUAUUAAUGUUUUUCUAGACGCAUAAAAGAGUUUUCUUGUUGUUAAUCAAGGAAUUUGUUUAAUAAAUCCAGCAUAAUUUAUUAACAUAUUCUUAAAUCUAAAGUAUAAAUUGCGUUUUCAUGAAUUCUAUUAAAGAUAACAAUUUGUUACAUUGGAAUAACACUGUUAUGUUUCUACUCCGCAUUUUCUCUCCAUAUGAUUUCCCAAAAUGCACAUACAAUAUGUGGAUGGAAACAUAGCUCUAUUUAUAUACAGUUUUUAUAUACUUACACAAGUAUAUUUUUAUAUACUGUUACCCAAAUACAUCAAAACUGAUUCACAGCCAUGAAUAUAGCUGGUCUCCAUUUACCCAGUUAUUGAAUCAGUUUCACCUUUCCUUUUUAAGUGCCUUUAUUUGUGUCAACUGUUUUCUUUCCAUUACUAUUAUUGUAUUUUUGAUUCUAUUUUAAUGUAUGGUGUAAGUGGUUGUUUUUGAAUGGGUGAAUGGUGUGAUUAUUUGCGACUGGUGGAUGGAGUGUUUGAUUGUGAUGGAUCAGUGUGUGUACAGUAUCUAUAAGUGUGUUUGUGAAGACUUAGACUGUGUGUGUGUGUGAAAGAGAGAGAGAGAGAAGAUGUUAAGGCACAGUAUAACGCAGGAACCACUUCUUAUGAACUGUCUAAUGGGUUCGUGAUCCAUCAGACACCAAAAAAAUGAUAGUGUUUCUUUUAAUAAUGGUUUACUUAAGGAUUUGGGUGAUGUCAGAUGUGUUUUGUCGUUAUGCUAUCAUGACAUUUAUUAAAAAUGCAAAACAAAAAAAAAAACAGCAUGCCUAAUGUCCUCCAUAUGGAGCAUUAUGAAGUAGAUUAGUCUACGCAUUUGUAUUCUGUAUCAUUUAGCAUUUGCGAAAACCUUUGCAUUUGAUUUCAAAUGAUGUUUAUAAGUGAAUCAUGUAUUUGUCUUCACUUUUUUUUACUUAUUUAUUCUUGGUAGAAUCUGAACCCCAACAAGGCACUUAAUUUUUCAAUAUUUCUCAGUGUCCUGGAUGUAAAUAUAUAUUUUUGUCUUCAGGUUUACUGUAUCAGUAAGUGUUUGCAUUGGUUAUGCGUCAGCUCACACUCAUCUCUCUUCUUGCUUUCUAAUCUAAGCUCAGUAUUUGUGUGUACAGUGCAGUGACGUAGCCGCAAAAGAUUGCGCGCUAGGGAUUCCAAGAGCGGUGAUGUCAGCGUUGUUGCCUGCCUUUUGGUUAGGAGGAUUGUUUAGUUUUGUCAGCUGCAAGAGCAGAACAAUAGAAGGACACACAUUGUUCGUUAUACUCUGGGGAAUUUAACAUGCAACUGAAAGGCAAAACCCUGCUGUAACACAACAUGGCCUUCCUUUAACCUUUUCGAGUGUUGCUUUUUGUUUUGGUGUGUAGUUUUAUAACUGUAUGUUUGUGUAAAUAAACGUAUGGACUAGUUAA